CCACGCCCUCCCACAGGAGCCACAAGGCCUCCCCGCCCAACCCCGGGCUGAUCCCAGCCAGUCCAGGUUUCCGAGCGCCGGACGUUCCUAGGACUCUGCACUAGCAGCCAAGAUGUCUGACAAUAAGACAGAAGUUGCAGCCGACACCCCAGUGAGCAGUAAGAUGCCAGCACCACAGCCCAGCGUGGUGGACCGAGUGGCCAACCUGCCUCUUAUCGGCUCCACAUGUGAGCUGGUGUCCUCAGCCUAUGCAUCCACCAAGGAGAACCACCCACACGUGAAGACUGUCUGUGAUGUGGCUGAGAAAGGUGUCAAGACCCUGACAGCAGCGGCCGUUAGCGGGGCACAGCCCAUCUUGUCCAAGCUGGAGCCCCAGAUUGUAUCAGCCAGUGAGUACGCCCACCGGGGACUGGACAAGCUGCAAGAAAAUCUGCCCAUCCUACAACAGCCCACGGAGAAGGUCCUGGCAGAUACAAAGGAACUGGUGUCAUCCAAAGUGUCUGGGGCCCGAGAAAUGGUGUCCAACGCAAAGGACACAGUGGCCACCCGGAUGACAGAGGCCGUGGACGUAACCAAGUCAGCAGUGACCAGUGGAGUCCAGUCGGUUAUGGGCUCCCGCAUGGGACAGAUGGUGAUGAGUGGGGUGGACACGGUCCUGGGGAAAUCGGAGGCCUGGGCCGAUAACCACCUGCCCAUGACGGACGCGGAGCUGGCCCACAUUGCUAUAUCACCCGAGGGCUCUGACAUGGCCUCCGUGCAGCAGCAGAGACGGGAGCAGAGCUACUUUGUGCGCCUGGGCUCGCUGUCUGAGAGGCUGCGCCACCACGCCUACCAGCACUCCCUUGGGAAGCUGCGCAGAACACGGCAGGGGGCACAGGAGGCGCUGCAGCAGCUUGUCCAUGGGCUGAGUCUGAUGGAAUCCGUGAAGCAGGGUGUGAAUCAAACACUGGGUGAGGGUCAGGGGAAAAUCCAUCAGAUGUGGCUCACCUGGAGCCAGAAGACACCCCAGGAUGCUGAAAAGGAUCCAGCCAGGCCUGAGAUGGAGUCUCGGGUUCUCAGCAUCUUCAGGGACACAGCCCAGCAGCUGCAGAAUGCAUGCACGGCCCUGGGGGCCAGCAUCCAAGGCCUGCCCAGCCAUGUGAGGGAGCAGGUGCAGCAGGCCCGGGGUCAUGUCAGUGAGCUGCACGCCACCUUCUCCGGCAUCCACUCCUUCCAGGACCUUUCAGCCGGUGUGCUGGCCCAGAGCCGAGAGCGCCUGGCUCAGGCCCGGGAAGCCCUCGACUCUACGGUGGAAUACGUGGUACAGAACACACCAGUCAUGUGGCUGGUGGGACCCUUUGCCCCUGGAAUCACUGAGAAGGUCCCGGAACAGAAACAGUAGGGUUGGCUCAUAGGCAGCUGCUUGGAACCCCCUUUUCCUAAUGAUCUAAACUGAGCAGCUCCUCACCCUCCCUCAGUCUGAAGGAAACAGUUUCCCAUCAGUCCUUUGAAGUAAAAAAAGAAAAAAGAAAAAAAAUUCUAGAAUGUUCUCCAAAAAAUAUUUCUUAAAAAGAAAUUAAGGUAAUCAGUUGUGAUCACACACACCCAUCAUCCCAGCAGAAGUGGGAUGAUCAAGACUUCAAAGCCAGCCUCAGCUCAAAAUAGAUCAGGGUAUAGUAAUAUUCCAUCUCCUUUCCUACAUCAUGGCCUGAAGUAGUGGGCGCAAGGUGGCGACUUGAGAUCUGAAAUUUGUGAAAUUUGUUUCGGAUGAGAAAUGGGCUGUCAGAAGUGCCAGCUUUCUCAAACACCCUGUAGUUAAUAUUGCCUUAAUAAAUUUAACAUGUGGGAAAGUA